CCUGUUGAGAACAGCAAACCAAUCGGUGCUUGUUGGCACUGCUGGGAGAUGCCCAGGUUCAUUCCAGGCAGUGUGUUCCUGGCUUCCUGGGCAGCAGGUUGGAUCCAGCCACACGUCCCCGUACUGACAGCUCCCCAGAGCCGGGACAUGGCCAGCUACCCAUUGAUUGUGGGUCCCCCGACCUCCCUGAGGAAGCCCCUGAAGAUUCCAGACAGACUUCUGCUGGGACCUGGACCUUCCAAUCUUACUUCUCGGGUCAUGCUUGCAGGGGGCCUCCAAAUGAUUGGACACAUGCAUGAGGAAAUGUAUCAGAUCAUGAAUGAGAUCAAAGAUGGCAUCCGCUAUGCCUUCCAAACACAGAACAAGCUCACCCUGGCCAUCAGCGGCUCUGGACACACAGCUAUGGAAGCGGCCUUAUUCAAUGUGGUGGAACCAGGGGAAUCUGUCCUGGUCGGGGUGAAUGGCAUCUGGGGACAGCGGAUAGUGGACAUUGCUGAGAGAAUAGGAGCCAAAGUGCAUCAGAUGGUGAAGGCCCCUGGAGAGUAUUACACACUGCAUGAUGUGGAGAAGGGUCUGACUCAACAUAAACCUGUGCUGCUCUUUCUCACCCAUGGAGAAUCCUCCAGUGGAAUAGCCCAGCCCUUGGAUGGAUAUGGUGAUCUCUGUCACAGGCAUAAUUGUUUGCUCCUGGUGGAUUCUGUAGCCUCAUUAGGGGGAGCUCCAAUUUACAUGGACAAGCAAGGCAUUGACAUCAUGUACUCUGGCUCUCAGAAAGUGUUAAAUUCUCCUCCCGGCACUUCCCUGAUUUCCUUCAGUGAAAAAGCCAGAGGUAAGAUUUUUAAUAGAAAGACAAAACCCUUUUCUCUCAAUUUGGAUAUAAAGUGGCUGUCCAACAUAUGGGGAUGCGACGACAAUCCUAGAGUAUAUCACCACACACCCCCGGUCAUUGGCCUCUUUGCCCUUCGAGAGAGUUUGGCCCUGCUAGCUGAAGAGGGCCUGGAGGAGAGCUGGAAGAAACACCGGGAGGCCACAGCCUACCUACACAAAGGGCUGCAGAAGCUGGGCCUUCAGCUCUUUGUGAAGGAGCCGGAAGUGAGGUUACCCACAGUCACCACAGUGGCUGUGCCUCUGGGGUACAACUGGAAGGACAUCACCUCCUACAUCAUGAGGAAUCAUGGCAUUGAGAUCACCGGGGGCCUGGGACCUUCUGUUGGACUAGUGCUGAGGAUCGGUCUCCUCGGAUCUAACGCCACCAAAGCCAACGUGGACCGAGUCAUCCUGGCCCUGAAGGAGGCCCUGCAGCACUGCCCCAAGAACAAGCUAUAGGGGUCCCACCCCUCCCCCCUUUGGGGGGUGGGUGACAAUCUGAAGGAGCCAGAAGGAAAGCAGAGAGGGGACGGGCGAGUAACGGGGCCUUCCUGGGGCCUCCCUCUGUUCUGCUGAUGCCUCCUUCUCAUGCAGGCCACUCACCCUUGGUCCUUUUCCCAUAGGGUGCAGAGCCCCAAGUCUUUGUAUCUUCUGACUCCUUGAGGGUUUUCUGGGGCUUAGAAAUGGGUGUCCACUCAACCCCUGCCUAAGUCUUUCUGUAAUUAAAGAACCAGUUUGGUCUGCCA